GAACCAAGCAGGGGAUUUGCGGUGAGAGAGAGGCUCAAGGUCGGGUUCAGUGAGGCUGACGUGGUGGCACCUAGGUAAGGCAGGUAGUCCAAGAUAGGUGUAGGGUACGAGGUGCAAGGUCCUACCUAGUUUAUGGAGAUGGGUAGGUAGGUACUCUCCCUUGGAGUUGGCAGGCAAAGCUAGGUGGCAAGGGUUGGGGCAGGCAAGCUUUGAGCCCGCGGGACCUAAACCCAAGCGAGCCGGCCCUGGGCCCGAAGGGGAACGAGACUGGGACCAGACGGGUUCUGCCAGCGACACAACUGCCUGAUCUGAGGGUUCGUGUAAAUGGAGACUGGACCGCUUAGUGACCACAUCCCGAUCCAUCCCCUCAAUCGCGCCGGCAUCAGACAUAACCUGUUGAAAUACCCAAGCAUUUCAACGUGGCUGGGCGUUAUCACCGUCCUCUCAGCCCUGGAUCCUACAACCAUCCACGACCACACAAACCCAUCUAAAUUACAGCCCGGCGGGGAAACCCUCCACUCACACCUCGCCCAAUGUCCAACAGCGGACCCGGGCCCGGCGGCGGCGGCGGCAGUAGUAGCGGCGCGCAACAGGGCGCCGGGUAUCACCAACACCAACACCAACACCAACAACACCAACACCACGACUACUACAGCCCCCACAGCCACCACCACCAUCACGACUCCUCCUACCACCCGGACCAGCAGAGGCAGUACGACACCCGCCGCCCGCCCGGGCCGCCGUCCACCAGCGCCCCGGACUUCACGCCCGAGAUGCGGGACCGCCAGGCCAGGGGCAAGGACCCGGACGGGCCCGACCCGGGCCCCUUUGCCUUUAGCCGGGUCGCACAGUCGAGGAUGGCGCUGGGUUUUAUAGGAUUCGAAACGGAGCCGUUCGAGAAGGCCCAGAGGCGCGAGAAGGCGGCCGCCAUACUCGACAACCCGGAGCUGCUGAUGGUCUACGCUCAGCGGGCAGGCGACAGCAUCCCCGCGACCCGCAUGCGCUUCAUGCGCAUCAUGUGCGGCUACGACGACGGCGGAGAUGGCGACUAUCACCACCGGGACGGCGGUCGUGCCGCCGCCGGCGGGUCCUGGCCGCCCAGCAGGAGCGAGAGCGGCGGCAGCAGCCGCCACAACUCUGCCGGGAGGUAGAGAUGGGAGA